UCCCCUGGUACGUCAAACUUCAUGGUCCGUCUGAAAAAAAGAAAAGAAACGUUCCGUACGGCGAUUAGCUGCGAGGGGACCCUUUAGUGUGCUACACGCCCCUUGAAUGAACGUAAAAUUGGAUAACUUUUUCAUAAAUACAUUGUACCAGUCAGUUUAUCAGAAGAAUUACUUUCCAUAUAUUUGCUACCACUCCAUCUGCCGAACCAACUGUUACAGGCAGUUCCCUUAAAACAAUAUAACCCGUAGCUCUGCUACAAAUUAUUGUUAAUGAAACGCAAUGUCCAUAUAAAAAAUUAUGUGUCGGGUAGCUGUUUAUUCAAAUGUACUUUAGUUUUGAAGCAGCAAUACACAAUAAUGGUAUUGUUGGCAUACGUUGCUUUUUUCAUUGUGUUCAUUAACAGACGCGUUUUAAUGUGCUUCUGGAUUGUUUUGUUUUUUGUUUCUUUCUCUCCCCAGUUGUCUGAAAUGAAUGUAUAUACAUUUAUUGUAUUUCUGCGACAAGCAACAUAGGGAAUGAUUUGCAUAAUGAAGUUAAAAAAUUGUGUUUUAAUGGCUGUUAACAUCACCAUGAUUUUAAAACUGUAAAUAUAUAACUCCUCUCAUCUCAUACUAUUAUUCUUUUAUUUACAUUUUGACUUCUUUUUGAGUUGUAGUUAUUUUUAAUUGUAGUAAUACUAGGCUAAGUUCCAACCAUUGUUAUUAUUUUUGUCUUAUAUUCUGAUACUAUGACUUGUAAUAUAAACCUUGAAAAUCCCAUUAUAUAUUUCUGAAUACCUAUUAAACAGAUAUGAGUUUAAAAAUAUAAUAGAGGGAGAGAGAGAGAGAGAUUAUGUGUGAUGUGGGAGUGACAGGGAGCUCCAGGUUCAGUAUAAACUCUCCAUGGCUGCAGGGGUAACACACAGUUCUGUCCCAGUGACCCUGUUGCCCAGUCUUUCCCGGCAGUGAGCGAUGAUGAGAGUGGAGGGCACCGACUAAAAAGGAUCUGCAGGGACUCUCAGAAUUCACUUUAAAAAUCGAGCUGGCCACUCUUCUCCAGGACUCACUGUGAUGAUGGAGAAAGCUGCACUGCUGCUGUUUUGUUGCCUGGUCAUGUCUUUAUCAGGCUCCCCGCUCUACCCGUCCAUUAGGUUCGGCCAGAGGGACACGUCCAUCCUGAUGACGUCUUCCAUCGGUGAUCCAGCAGAGAAGCUGCGGGACGACAUGAGUCCAACCCGGGAGAGAGCAGAGUUACGCUCUGGACGUCAUGCUGAUGCCAUCUUUACAAACAGUUACAGGAAAGUCCUGGGUCAAAUCUCUGCCAGGAAGUUCCUUCAGACAAUCAUGGGCAAACGGCUUGGUGAUGAAAGUGAGAGCUAUGUGAAGCGUCAGUCAGAUUUCUAUGAGGGGACAUAUAAAGAAGAUCUAACAUCCGUCCAGAGCAACCAGAGAUACAGAGGAGAGCAUGGGAAAGCCAUGGGGGCCAGACUGCUGAGCCGAGAUCCGUGGACAGGGCCGACAUGAAGCUGCCAGUUCUCACCGACACCACCUCCACGUGGUUUCUUACACUCCAACCUGUUACUUACAAAUGAAAAGAAUAUUUAAACAUUUUUUUUUGUUAUUAUUGCCAUUAAAAGCUGUGAAGAAAGCCUGCAACUCAACUAUUGAAUUUUGAGUUGUGCAAUUUUUCGCUUUAAGACUUUAAUAUCAUCAGGAUGUAGGUCACGCUGAGCUCGGCAGUGGUAGGAAGUUUCUCCAUUGUAUACUACUUUAUACUGUUUCACAAUUCAGCAGAACAUAUUGAAUUUUCAUACAAUAUUACGUGAAAUAAGACGUUAUAUAUACAAAAACACAAUGGAUCAAAUUAGAUUGACUAAAUGAGCUGUGGCAGUUUUCACACUCCCACCUUAUCCCUAUUAGUCCUCCAGCCUUAAAAACAUAUAAUCACUUUAUCAAACGAUGUUGACUGCAUCAGUAACAAUUAUCCAAUAUGUAUGUAAUAAUACGACACUCAACAGGAGCCAUUCAGCAUGACUACUUUAGAUUUUUAUUGCUUCUACCCACGGAUGUGUACUCUACUGUUGCCUGAUUAGACCUCUCCUCGGGACGGUGGGCACUUUUGAAUAUUUUCCUCUUUUGUUAUUAUCCUCCACCACAGCUCAGCAAGGAAACACAGAGGGAGAUGUGUAGUAAAAAGACUAAUACUUACAAUACAGUAUUUGUGUGGCGGAGCUGAUAUUUUUAACUCAUGUCAUAAGUAUAUUCUCUGGCUCUGAUUUGAUUCUAACGGAUUCUCCCGUGUCUCCCACUCAAUCUUCGCUUUUUUAAUCCAUUCAGUAGAAAUACUCAGGGUUUUUUUUUCCUACUAAACAAAAAAGGCACAGAAACUUGGUUUCACCUCAAUUUCUUUAUUUCCUCCACUUCAUUACAAAAACCAUCAAUCCUCAAAUUGCCCAUAUUCAAUUGUUAACUUUUUUUCGUUUCUUUCUCGGGGGGUGUAAACUGUAUCAAAUGGGACACUACUGCUCCUCCAACAUGUCUGAUCCACUAAACAGGCAAAGUUAGUAAUGAUCCUAAUGUCAGCGCUGCUGCCAGCUGAAACAUCUUGAUAAACCUUCUGUUAGGAGGCUAAAUGGGCACCGAGCGACAACAAAGAGGAAUGUACAAAAAGAAAAAAUGAAAAAAACACAGAUGAACCCAAAUUCAAAUCAGGAAACCACAAAAAAAAAACAGCUCUCUCAGAAAACCCUGGUUUGUUGGACAAUACGAAAACAAA